CUCCCGCAGUCUAUGUGUGCUGUCAGAUCGGUUCAGCCGCUCCCCACCUGCACACAGAACACAUACAGCAGUGCUAUCCACAGCCAGCCAGCCACAUGUGCCCUCCGUUCCCCUCGCCCACCCACCUGCCACACUUCCAUCUCAUCGCUCGUGAAGUUGUUCGACCGCGCCAGUCUGCCGUUGCCGUGCUUAUUGAUCUCCCCUCUGUAUCCAUCGUGCAACAGAUCUUUCUCGACCCACUGCUGGCAUCUGCUGAGGUCGGCGGCCGGAUCAGGACGACCAUGGCCCAGCCAAAGGUAGCCGCGGCCGAUGCAGACAUUGGCGGUCGGCAUGCCCUCGGUGUCCUUCACCACCCCCUGUGUGCCGGCCACAUUCACCUUCUGGUCCUCUGCGAGCAGCUCGAUCUUGGUCGGCGCGUCAUACGCACCCGACAGCGAAAAGAAGAAGACGGGCGCCUUGUACCAGUUGGCCUGCGUGGGGUCGUCUGGGGGGGUGAUCUCGCCGUCGAUGAAGGCGCCGAAGCGGUGCGUGUCGCCAUCUCGGAGGGCGAAGAGCAGGCCGCUCUUGCCCUCGACGCACUCGAGCAUCUUGGGGAACGCAUACGUGUCGCGACUGCCCCUAAAAGGAUGACACACCACAGACGACAGAUGCAUGCCUUUUGUGGUCUGCCCUGCCUGUCUUGUGCCAGCAUUCGGUCUCACUUGUACAGCAGCGAUGGCGCCACGGCGAUCUUCUUGUCGGUCAUCUUCAUCACCGCCAGCCACUCGUCGGCCGUCCUGAUCACUGCGGACGCCCCCGCCGCCUCACCGACAGGCGGCACCGUGUCGAGGCCGUACAUGCCCAGCUCGACGGCAAAGAUGGCCUUCUCGUGCGGCGCCACCACCGGCGGAUGGACGAACCGGCCGGGCGGCAUGACGACAGUCAGGCGGCGGGCAAAGUCGACGAUGAGCUUCCUCAUCAGACACGCUCAGCGUCAUCACCUGGGUGUCCUCAUCGCUGCUGUCCCGAUUGACGAACGGCCGCAUGGCCACCAGGAAGGCCUCCAUGGCCUUCUUCUGCUUGCGAAGCCCCUCGAGCAGGCCCUCGUAGCGCCGCAUGCACUGCUCCAUCUGCCGAAAGCCUCUCUUUGCCCCGCCCUCCCCGCCACCAUUUGCCGCCGUGCCAGUUGACUGUGGCUGAUUCCCAAUCUCGAUGGCACCGCCCAGCGUCUGCAUGAACAGCGAGUGGUACUCGGCAUAAGAGGGAUCGUCGGCCUCCGGUGAGUGCAGGCUGAUCUCGUCCAAGUGAGGGCUCUCGAGCAGCGCCAGCUGGUCACGCAGCCAUUUGAAGUAGGGCGGGUGCGCCUCGAGGAAUGGCAGGUCGUUGGUGUCCUUGGGCAGGGCGUCGAUGAAGUGCAGCAGCAGGGUGGAGAGGUACGUCCGCUUCAUCUUGGGAUGGAGAAGUGCUGACAGGGGAAUCGACAUGACAGUGCCGCCCACAUUGAGCCGAAUGCGGUCCUCUGUCUGCAGCGGCUGCAGCGUGCCGCCAUUUGCGACGAACAAGUGCUUGAUCUGCUCCUCCAGCCGCUCCAUCUCGCCCAUCGCCUCGGUUGUCGCCGUCUUGGCCAUCUCCCUGAGGUCGUCCAUGCAGCCCGCAGCCUGCUUCAGCACCAGAUCUCCCUCCUCACGACCGCUUGUGAGGCUGUGCAGCUGCGACUCAAGUGGGGCGGCCGAGUCAAACUCAUCGACAGGUGACGCAGAUCCCAGGGCAGAUCCGCUUGGACGAUCGUCGCGCCUUCGCUUCCUCGAGCCUCCAGAGGCUGACAGCAUCGUGGCUAGCCGCUGAAACAUG